GGACUGAAGAAGGUUCUGAACGACUUGGUCAAGCAGUAUCAGAACAAGCAGGAGGAGCUGGAUAAGUGGAAGAAGAAGAACAACGUCCAGGUUGUUCAGUCAUGAGGAGAUAGACGGUAUGAGAUGCUGGAGGAAGAUAGAGAGAGAGAGAUUUCAUCAGGUAUAGUGGGUGGCCGACACGCGCAGCAGAACCGAAAGGAUGUGGAAAAGUUCUCCAGAAAUGGAAUAACCAAGAGCUGUCGGGUCGUCAUCCUACUUCAAUAUUUACACGCAAGGCAUAAACAAUCGAUUGACAGUUGUCACGACAUAUUUGUGCUUCUUGGGUGCUUAAAAAUCCUGGAUAUGAUGGUCGUGGUGGUCGUGGUGGUGUGGUUGAUGAGUUGUCCCAUGCCCAUCCUGGCAUGGCAUUCCCAAGGAGGCUCACUGCAGCCUAGCGACAAAGGGGCGCGUCUCAGUGCCCAACCGAGAGGCCGGAAACCUUCCUCAUCCCAACCCCAGCCAGCGCAUGCGGUUGGUUGGUUGGGCUUCGAUUGGACUGGAACCCGCGAGCGAGCAAAGCGACGCAAAGCAAGCAAAAAAGACUGGUGAUGAGCUACUGCGUGCAAGAUUGUCUGAGAUGACGGGCGGGCGGACAAAUGCAAAGAACGGUUAUGACGGACUUGCCGUCGGCGGGCGGAAAGCCGGCGUCAUUUUCUCCGCUUUAAAUGGCUUGAAUGUAAGUAAGCCGCCGUUUAGCUUGAAUGCUUGUGAUAUGUUACUGUCCUGUCGUACAGCAGCACAUUAUGAAACGCGGGUUUUUGUUGGCCAA